UGACUGCUGUCAAAACUGUCAAACAUGAACAAAUGGCGGCGAAAACGCUAACGAAGUAUCAAGUGAAUUAAUUUAUCUUAAUAAAAUACAUAUUGUGUUAAAGUUGCUAAAAUGCAUAUUAAGCAGGUGAUAAUUCAGGGUUUCAAGAGUUAUCGCGAACAAAUUGUUGUUGAGCCGUUCGACAAACGGCACAAUGUAGUUGUUGGUCGUAACGGUUCUGGUAAAAGUAACUUCUUCCAUGCCAUCCAGUUUGUCCUCAGCGAUGAGUUCUCGCAUCUGCGGCCAGAGCAGAGGCUGGCGCUGCUGCACGAAGGGACUGGUCCACGGGUGAUCUCCGCCUUCGUUGAGAUUAUAUUUGACAACUCGGACAACAGAAUACCAAUCGAAAAAGAUGAGAUAUUCCUGCGGCGAGUGAUUGGUACCAAGAAAGACCAGUUCUUCCUCAACAAGAAGGUGGUGCCUCGCUCCGAAGUGCUGAACCUUCUCGAAAGCGCUGGCCUUUCCAACUCUAAUCCAUACUACAUUGUCAAACAGGGAAAGAUUAACCAAAUGGCUAUAGCGCCAGACUCUCAAAGGUUAAAGCUUUUGAGAGAAGUGGCUGGGACCAGGGUGUACGAUGAACGCAGAGAGGAAUCUGUUACUAUCCUCAAAGAGACUGUUGGCAAGGUAGAGAAAAUCAAUGAUUUCCUCCAAACAAUUGAAGAGCGUCUCAAAACGUUAGAAGAAGAGAAGGAAGAGUUGAAAGAGUACCAGAAGUGGGAUCGGUCGAGACGAGUACUGGAAUUCAUCAUACAUGACACCGAACAUAGGGAGAAUAAGCGAAAACUCGAGGAACUAGAAAAAAUGCGAGCCAACAGCGGCAAAGAGCAACAGCAUUAUGCGGACAUGGUGCGGGAGGCGCAGGACCACGUGCGGGAGUCCAACAAAAAACUAAAGGAUGCCCGCAAAGACGUAGCGGCGGCGCGCGAAGAGAAAGAUAUCCUGUCGACUGAACAACAGCAGCUAUUGCGAGAGAAGACUAAACUGGAACUAGCUAUUAAGGACUUGACUGACGACGUCGAUGGCGAUAACAAAUCAAAGGAAAGAGCCGAAGCGGAACUGGAACGCUUACGGCAACAGAUAGCCGAAAAAGAGCGCGAGUUGGAGGAAUUGAAGCCCAAAUACGAAGAAAUGAAGGCGCGAGAGGAAGAGUGUACGCGCGCCUUAACGCUCAACCAGCAAAAGCGACAGGAGCUGUACGCUAAGCAGGGUCGAGGGACUCAGUUCACCUCCAAGCAGGACCGAGACCGAUGGAUCGAGAAGGAGCUCAAAUCCUUAGUCAAGCAAAUAAAGGACAAAAAAGACCAUGAAGCCAAGUUACGAGAAGACCUGCGCCGCGACGCUGUCAAACUGACGGAACUAGAGAAACGUAUAGAGGAAACGACUAAGGAGAUGGAGAGGCAAAGAGUUGCCAUAGAUGAGCACAACAAACAGUAUUACGAGUGCAAGAAACGGAAGGAUCAAGAACAGAGUGCCAGGAACGAGCUGUGGCGUAAAGAGACAACAUUGACACAGAACUUGUCCUCACUAAAAGAAGACCUGGCUAAAGCUGACCAAGCGCUACGUUCCAUGGCGGGAAAGCCCAUCCUCAACGGACGAGACAGCGUGCGCAAAGUGCUGGAAACCUUCCAGGAGCGAGGCGGCGAGUGGGCCAAGAUAGCCACGCAGUACUAUGGGCCCGUCAUUGAGAACUUCACCUGCGAUAAGACCAUUUAUACAGCUGUUGAGGUAACGGCUGGAAACAGACUCUUCCAUCACAUAGUGGAGUCCGACACAGUGGGCACCAAGAUCCUGAAGGAGAUGAACCGACAGAGUCUGCCGGGGGAGGUCACCUUCAUGCCGCUCAACCGGCUGCAAGUCAGGGACAUGGUCUAUCCCAAUGACAACAACGCAAUAGCUAUGGUUCAAAAGCUGAAAUACGACCUGAAGUACGCCAAAGCGAUGAAGUAUAUCUUUGGCAAAACCCUCAUCUGCAGGAAUCUGGAGUGUGCCACCGAAUUGGGCAAGCAGUUCCAUUUGGAUUGCGUCACUUUAGAGGGCGACCAGGUAUCGUCAAAAGGCUCCCUCACUGGCGGUUACUUCAACCAAUCCCGCUCGCGUUUGGAAAUGCAGAAGACUAGAUCGGAACUGAUGGAACAGAUCUCCACGCUCGAAGAUGAACUCGCGACGCUGCGACAAGAACUGAACAAGACUGAGACGAGCAUUAACACCAUCGUGUCUGAAAUGCAACGUACUGAGACUAAACAGGGCAAGGCUAAGGAUAUAUUUGACAAAGUAAAAGCUGACAUCCGGCUAAUGAAGGAGGAGCUGGCCUCCAUAGAGCGGUUCCGCGGGCCCAAAGAGCGCUCGCUAGCCCAGUGCCGGUCCAGCCUUGAGGCCAUGCAGGCCACCAAGGAGGGACUUGAAUCGGAACUGCAUCAGGAAUUAAUGGAACAACUCUCAACGGCAGAUCAAGGCAAGGUUGAUGAACUAAACGACGCCAUUCGAAGACUGACACAGGAAAAUAAGGAAGCCUUCAGUCAAAGAAUGAAUCUUGAAGCCACCAAGAACAAAUUGGAGAAUUUACUCACCAACAACUUGAUACGACGUAAAGACGAAUUAGUGCAAGCCCUCCAAGAGAUAUCAGUAGAAGAUCGUAAGAGACGCCUCAGCAACAGCAAAGCUGAUCUCGCCGCGACCGAGAAGAGAAUUCGGCAGAUCAACAAAGAGAUGGAGGAAGUCGAGAGGAAAGUGCAAGCCGCCGUCAAGAACGAGAAAGCCCUUAAACUGGAGUUGGACAAAUGGAGGCAUAAGGAAAAAGAAGCCCAAGACAAAAUGGAGGAAGACGCAAAGGGGCUAGAGAAGAUGGCGUCCAAGGAGGUCCUUCUACAAGAGAAGAUGCAGGAGUCACUGGACAAGAUAGCUGCGCUGGGCACCCUGCCCAACGCGCCCGACCUACACACCAAGUACCAGAAGCUGUCACUCAAACAGCUGUUCAAAGAGCUCGAGAAGGCUAACCAGCACCUCAAAAAGUACAACCAUGUCAACAAGAAAGCCUUGGACCAGUUCAUCAGCUUCUCGGAACAAAAGGAGAAACUGUAUAAGAGGAAAGAGGAACUAGAUAUCGGCGGUGAGAAGAUUCGGGAGCUGAUCGAGACACUGGAACACAGGAAGCUGGAAGCCAUCCAGUUCACGUUCAAGCAGGUCAGCAAGAACUUCACGGAGGUGUUCAAGAAGCUGGUGCCGCAGGGCCGCGGCAGCCUCAUCAUGAAGGUCGCUCCCGAUGAGCAGGAUCCCAACCCUGAUCGCGUGAACGCGGACCCGUUCACGGGCGUGGGCAUCAAGGUGUCGUUCACGGGCGGCGACGGCGACAUGCGCGAGAUGAACCAACUGUCCGGCGGACAGAAGUCGCUGGUGGCGCUGGCGCUCAUCUUCGCCAUACAGAAGUGCGACCCCGCGCCCUUCUACCUGUUCGACGAGAUUGACCAGGCGCUGGACGCGCAGCACCGCAAGGCGAUCGCGAACAUGAUCCACGAGCUGUCGUCGUCCGCGCAGUUCAUCACCACCACGUUCCGGCCGGAGCUGCUGGAGCACGCGCACAAGUUCUACGGCGUCAAGUUCCGCAACAAGGUGUCGCACGUCGACUGCGUCACGCAGGACGAGGCGCGCGACUUCGUAGAGGAUAGCGUCACUCACGCAUAAGAUUAUGGAAAGGGGAAGCUUAUUCGCGAUUCAACAUUUUCAUAAUAAUUAUUAUUAUAAUGUUUUCCUAGUUAAAAUACUUAAUUUUAAAUAUAAUAUAUAUGUGUGACGGAAAAUAAUUUAUUUUGAAUAUAUUAUGUAUGACGGCUUAACUAAACUUUUUUGUCGGAAUGUUUCAAUCGUAGCAAUGGAUGGUUCAGCGUGGAAACCGUUUUUAGCGCUAAGAAAACGGCAUCAACCUUGGGACAGGACAUGAUUAGUUGAGCAUGCCAGAACUACAGUGACAAUGAAGAUUCUGCAAAAACCGUUGGGAGUUCUCGCAGUCUCCUUGGCGCGCAUCGCUAGCCAAGAUGCAUUAAAUAAGGACCCCGGUCUGUUUCGAAACUAUAAUAAUAACUUUAUUUCCACAUAUUUUUUUAAAACCACACAAAUAUUUAUUUAACUAGACUAGAAACUGUUAAAGUUACAACUUGGCCAUUUGCGUGGGUGGUGGAUCUGACUCCUAACUAGAUUUACCUGUAUCUAGGAUGUCAUUUCCAAUUCCCGAUGCGGUUUGCGGCUUAUAAGUUUACUAGUUCACUGUUCACUCACAUGUGACACUAUUUUACAUUACACUUCUCAAUAAAACUCACAAAAACUCCAUCAAACUAAUCCAUUUAGAAAACAAAAAAAAAGAAGUAACUAACUAAUCGGGCAUACUCCGGCAAACAUGUUAGUUAAGCAGUCAUACCAAUUUAUUUCUUUAUAAUGAAUACCACUCACGAUAGUUCGAACGCCAAAAUAUUUAAUUUACCUACAAACUUUUUUUUUUUCUUAUCGAUAUCAAAAUGUUAUUUAAUUUUUUCUAUUCAUUUACGAAGUACGCAUAUUGUGAUUUUGUCUAAAUAUUGAUUUAUUUUGUCUAAUUACAUUUUUCAUAUUAUACAGACUACAGAGUGUAACCAGAACGCUAGCAGCAAAAACGAAGACAAAUGAUAGAACUGAUGAUUACUGAUAACAUACCACAAAAAAAACGCGAAAAAAUUCUUUUUUUUUAAAGUUCACAAUAUAUUGCAAAUAAAACAUCUGACUUACGCUAGAGGUCAACGUUGCGUAAGUAGGCCAUUCGGAGUCAAUGCCACAUCGUGGGUGGGACAUUGACUCGAGUUUUGAAAACUGCUGUUUUUGCAUCUCGUUCUGGUUACAACCUGUAUUAG